AUGACCUCGGGCACUCAACUGAAAAUCCUCGUGGCUUCCUGGAACGUGGGCAACACGAUGCCACCAAAGGACUCGAAACUUUUGAACGACUGGAUCCCGGAAGGUGGUGGUGACUACGACGUCAUUGCAGUCGGGCUGCAGGAGAGCACGUACAAGAAUGAAAAGGUAUCGGAGAACUUGGUGCGAACGGACAGCUGGCACCAUUCCAGCUCCAAGGCUGACGACCAGGAGGAGGAGGAGGACAUCGACACGGACUCUCCUGGGCUGGACAGUUCCUCGGACGUGAUCGUAAAGCGAUCCCGCACGAAAAAGUCGAUGCGCAAGAUGACGAGAAUGGUGCGUCAACUGAGCAGCAACCUGCGCGACACGAUGGGCGACGUGCUCGACUACCCAUUUAGCAAACAGAUCUACCUGCACCUCGGAGACAGCUACGUACUAGCAGGAAAGGUGGAGCUGAUGGAGAUGAGGCUGUUUGUCUACGUUCACGAGCGCAACAAUGUGUGCGAUGUGGAGAAGCUUGCAGUCCCGACGGGCUUGGGAAGUGUCAUCGGCAACAAGGGUGGUCUGCUGUUCAAGUGUGUCGUCGAAAACACGUCGCUGUGCUUUGCUAGUUGCCACUUGGCUGCACACCAAGAUCAAAAGUUCCUUGACAAACGCAACGCUGAUUGCGCUACCAUUCUUGGCGCGCAGUUUGGUCAAAAGAACGUGUCGAUCGACCACCAGUUUGACCACUGCUUCUGGUUCGGUGACCUCAACUACCGCUUGGACAUGAACUACACGGCCCCACGCCAACGCAACCAUGAGAAACACUGCGCCGAGGUCAUGGCGCUUGUGCGUGCCAAGAAAUGGGCGGUGUUGAACCAGAACGACCAACUCAAGCACCAGAUCGAUCUCAAGAAGGCGCUCACUGGGUGGGAACUGCCACCGGCGCUCUUCCCUCCAACAUUCAAGCGAGUGCGACACAGUCUUGACGAGUACUUGUUGGAGCGUAUUCCGUCCUACUGCGACCGCGUCUUAUACAAGUCGCUGCCAGGGUUGCGUGGCAACAUUAAGUUGCAACGCUUUUCGUGCUAUGAGGCAAUUGCAACCAGUGAUCACAAACCAGUGGCGGCUUCGUUUCAAGUGGGUCGGACGCCGCCCAUUAGCUCUGGCACGGCGGAAACGACCACGCUUGUCGAAAUCAUCGAACUCGCGGGGAAAGACCUCCUGGGGCUUGACUUGGCGGGGCUCAGUGACCCCUACGUCAAGUUUUACUCGACACCAAGCAACGCGGUGCAAGUAGACUCGAACGGGAGCCACCCAAGCACGUCCACGAUCUCAAACACGUGCUCACCAAGGUGGCGAGACGACCAGGUUCCCAAACUGCACGUGUUGUGUGACAAUGAACGCGACGUGAAGCACGUCCACUUGACCUUGGUCGUUAUGGACUACGACGCCACCUCGAAGGACGACCUGAUGGGUGUUGCGUCGGUGUCGCUAGAGAAGUUUUGCCUGAACCGACCACGCUUUCUGCCAUUCGAGGUGCCUGUUGUGCUGCAUGGUAAGGCCGCAGGCACCCUCACCGGCAAGAUCCGCGUCACACUUCCGCAUCAGGCCGCGCCACCUGGAGAGGAAGAUGGACCGCAAUUGAUUCGAGUGGCGGGUUGCCACUGCACAGUCUCGUAG